UCCAGCUGCUCAACAAGAUGGCGGCGGUUCCCGAGAGCAGAGUCCUCCCGUUCAGCGUGUUCAAGUGGAGCUCCUUCUCCUCCACCUACCUGCCCGAGAAUAUCUUGGUGGAUAAACCUAACGAUCAGUCUUCCAGAUGGUCCUCUGAAAGCAACUACCCUCCACAGUUUUUAAUCUUGAAAUUGGAACGGCCAGCAAUAGUUCAGAGCAUCACCUUUGGCAAGUAUGAGAAGACUCACGUGUGCAACCUGAAGAAGUUCAAGGUGUUUGGCGGGAUGAGUGAGGAGAACAUGACAGAGCUGUUGUCCAGUGGCCUUAAGAAUGACUACAACAAGGAGACGUUCACGUUAAAGCACAAGAUCGACGAGCAGAUGUUUCCCUGCAGAUUUGUCAAAAUAGUGCCUCUGAUGUCUUGGGGUCCUAGUUUUAAUUUUAGCAUCUGGUACGUUGAGCUUCAUGGAAUUGAAGACCCUGAUGUGGUGCAGCCCUGCCUUAACUGGUACAGCAAGUACAGAGAACAGGAAGCCAUCCGCCUUUGCCUCAAGCACUUCCGGCAGCACAACUACACGGAGGCCUUCGAGUCGCUGCAGAAGAAGACCCGGAUCGCGCUGGAGCACCCCAUGCUCACCCACCUGCACGACCGGCUGGUGCUGCAGGGAGACUUCGACGCCUGCGAGGAGCUCAUAGACAAAGCUGUGCGAGACGGUUUGUUUAACCAGUACAUCAGCCAGCAGGAGUACAAGCCCCGCUGGAGUCAGAUCAUCCCAAAAUGCCACAAAGGUACAAGCAGCCAAGAAAUCAGCCGAGACGACGUGAACAGUGACAGCGAUGACAACAGGCCGGGGAUGAGGGGAGGACAUCAGAUGGUCAUUGACGUCCAGACCGAAACGGUGUACUUGUUCGGCGGCUGGGACGGCACUCAGGACCUGGCCGACUUCUGGGCCUACAGCGUCCAGGAGAACCAGUGGGCCUGCAUCUCCAGGGACACGGAGAAGGAGAACGGUCCAAGCGCUCGCUCAUGCCACAAGAUGUGCAUCGACUCCCAGCGGCGGCAGAUCUACACGCUGGGCCGCUACCUGGACUCCAGCGUCAGGAACAGCAAGUCCCUGAAGAGCGACUUCUACCGCUACGACAUCGACGCCAACACCUGGACGCUGCUCAGCGAGGACACGUCAGCAGACGGAGGACCCAAGCUGGUGUUCGACCACCAGAUGUGCAUGGACUCAGAGAAGCAUAUGAUCUACACGUUCGGCGGCCGCAUCCUAACGUGCAACGGCAGCGUGGAGGACAGCCGGACGUCGGAGCCCCAGUUCAGCGGGCUGUACGCCUUCCACUGCCAGGCAGGGACGUGGAGCCUGCUGCGGGAGGACUCGUGCAACGCCGGCCCGGAGGACGUCCAGUCCCGCAUCGGACACUGCAUGCUCUUCCACACGAGAAACCGCUGUCUCUACGUGUUUGGGGGCCAGAGGUCAAAGACGUACCUCAAUGAUUUCUUCAGCUACGAUGUCGACGGAGACCAUGUGGAAAUCAUAUCUGACGGCACCAAGAAAGACUCAGGGAUGGUUCCCAUGACGGGUUUCACCCAGAGAGCCACCAUCGACCCUGAGCUCAACGAGAUCCACGUCCUGUCGGGCCUCAGCAAAGACAAGGACAAGCGCGAGGAGAACGUGCGCAACUCCUUCUGGAUCUACGACAUCGCCCGCAAUAACUGGUCAUGCGUGUAUAAGAACGAUCAGGCGGUGAAGGAAAACCCCAACAAGACUCUGCAGGAGGAGGAGCCGUGUCCCCGCUUUGCACACCAGCUGGUCUACGACGAGAUGCACAAAGUGCACUACCUGUUUGGGGGGAAUCCCGGGAAGUCCUACUCUCCCAAGAUGCGCCUGGACGACUUCUGGUCCCUCCGACUGUGUCGACCCUCUAAGGAGUACCUGCUCCGCCACUGCAGAUACCUCAUCAGGAAGUACAGGUUUGAGGAGAAAGCCCAGUCGGAACCACUGAGUGCACUGAAGUACCUGCAGAACGACCUGUCCCUCACCGUAGACCACACAGACCCCGACGAGACCAAGGAGUUCCAGCUGCUGCCAUCGGCGCUCUUCAGAUCCAGCUCCGACUUCAUCCCCCUUGGCUUCUCUGACGUCGACCAGACGUACGCUCAGCGGACGCAGCUGUUUGACACACUGGUGAACUUCUUUCCCGACAGCAUGACGCCUCCUAAGGGCAACUUGGUGGACCUAAUCACCCUCUAGCCCGGCCCCCCGGGCCCCCCAGACUGGCUACACCUCCACAGGACCCCCCGGGCCCCCGGCCCCCCCAGACUGGCUACACCUCCACAGGGGCCCCCCGGCCCCCCCAGACUGGCUACACCUCCACAGGUCACACAUGAGACUCAGACCAGAUAUUUUUCUAAACAUAAAUCCUGCUGGUUGAACGUUAGCCCCCUCCACCAUAUGGACCUGCUGCUGUAGCGGGCCGUGUCACCAUGACGACAAGGCUCAGAUAACACACUGCUUUUCUGGAUACGAGUGGAAAUCCAUCCCAGCAUGAGGUGCGUGUGUAUGUGCUGCUUACUGCUUCCUGUUGCUCACGGAAGAUUAGUGGGAGCUCCUCUCAACCAUUAUCUGCUUGUUUUUCAUCUUGAUUGUUCUGUGAAAACGCUAAGCCAAUAAGAGGAUCUCGCACAUUUGUUUGCAGUCUUCUUUUCAUUUACUCCACUAUUUUAAGUGCAAACUCCUGCAAAGUUGAUCACAGGUAUCCGUGUGCGUGUGUGUGCGUGUGUUUGUGUGUGUGUAAUAUAUAUAUAUACACACACACACUAUUUAUUUGAAUACACCAGUUCCCCAGGUACUCUUAUUUAAAACAUUUUUUCAAAAUCUUUCCUGCAAAACAUCAGUUUUCCAUUCAUGUGUUUGGCUUUUUUCUCUGUAACACAUGCUCCAAUUAUUUAUUGUGAUGGCCAAAAAAUGCAGAAUAAAUCGACAGUGAAAGUAGUUUUAGAGAGUACUAUGAGAUAAAGUUUAAUAUAUAUAUAUCAAUAUAUCUUUUGAUAUAGAUACACAGGACAGACCCAAAGUUUGGACACACUUCCCCAAUUUUUUUAAUGAGAAUGUGUGUCUAAACUUUUGGUCUGUACUUUAUAUCUAUAUCAAAAGAUAUAUUGAUCCAGGUUUUGGUUGCCAUCCCUGUGAGACUGGCGGAGUGACUUUAGUAAGUAUUGGAAUGUAAUUUAAGCGCUGCACUGUAAGAAUAUGUAAAUACACAUCUAGAGGUUUUCUCAAAUUUCCCCCAAGUGAAGACAUUUCAUGCUUUCCACAUUUAUCAAGGCUUUUUGGCUCUGCAUAAAACACUCAAUAGUACUUAAAAAGAAUUGAAAUAGUUGGUGUGUGAGUGAAGUUCCAGCAGCAACGAUCCGUCGGCUGAGUGGGAAGGCGCUUUUGUUGUUUGUUUUUUAUGUGUUGACAGGAGGUUCCUACAGUGUGAUAAAUUGUGUGAAGAAUUCCUUAAUUCUCCUAAAAAUCCAGUGUUUACCUGGAUAUUUUUGUGACUUCAGAAGAUUCAAUCAGGGCUCUCAAAUCUGGGGCCUUUUUUUCUUCUUCAAAUCUUCAGCAUUAAUCUUAAAAUGCCAGUGUAUUUCAAUGCAAACGUUUUGAUGGCAUCCUUCACUUUUAAAUAUGUUGCCAAGUAGAGUAACAGGUUUUUUUAUUUUUUUAUUUUAUGUUUAAUUUGUUAAAGGAGACAUAUUAUGAUAUUUUUAAAAACCUUUUUUUUUUUUUUUUAAGAAGUGACAAAAACAAUUCUCAGGUCUUUUAAAAAAAAAAAUGUCUGACAUAGUUUGGCAAAAAUACCACAGGAAUAGAGUCUGAAAGCUCUGUUUUCAACUCAACCAUGUGUUUACAACUUUGUUUCUAGCAGCGUGUUUUAGGGGGAGUAGAGACACUUGCCUCUUCUUCAGCAUGUCAAGCUGGGUGGCGAUUAAGAUGGGAAGUUGCAUAAUCCCACUCUGAUUUUAGGUUUGUGAUGUCACAGUAUCCCGCAGGUCUCAUCCGCUCGGUGAGUAAGACGCACUGAGAGCACGGCUGCCCCGUCAGAGUGAGCGGCUGUUAUCUCAGGACGCCUUCCAUUAUCAGUUGGUACUGACCAAUAAAUGAAGCCCUAAUAAAUGCAUUACAACCCAGAGAGAAAUCUUUUUCAUAAUAUGUCCCCUUUAAUAUCCAAUUCCAUUGCUUUCUUCCUUAAAAUGUAACAUCCUAACAGAUAGUCAUAGGGUUCACAAGCCCAAAUAUCCACAAGAAUAUAGAAGAAACUAUCAUUUUUGCUUUUCUUUGGUUGCUUAAUGAGUCGACUCCAUUUGAAUUCAAGAUUCUUGUCAUUCAUUUCGAAGUCCAAGUUCCCAAGACUAUAAAGUGAAGACUGAUGUGACGUUGCUCUUGUUUCAGUUCAGUUGGGAAACUCAGCGCUUGUUCAAUGACUUUUAGAUCUUAACAUUUAAUUGGCGAGCCAGCUAGGCUUCACGUCGGCUUCACGUCGGCUGCAGGUGGCAGGAUUUCAUCCUGGUGAGAUCGGCUUGUUCACACAGGUACGAGGAAGCUGCCUUCCUUUCCCUUAAACACCCCAAACAUGUUCAUCAUCAUCUUAUCUGUAGUUUGUGUCACAUGAGCAAAUAUGAUGAUGAUUAAUUCAUUUUAAUUUGGGCAGUUAACAGUUGGCAUGUUAAUAAGCCCAAGUUGUAACUGCACAGUUUUUUUUUUUUUUUGUGGUUUCCACGCAGCCGUGUGAAGCUGGACUUAACAAUUGCCUGCAGACUGAGCUGAAAUGCCCAGCAGCUCUUUGACCCGGGGGAGACGCCCUGAACUGAACACAGAGAGACUGGGACUGAGCCGGAGCAAAUGCACUGGGAUAGUAAGAGCCGCUUGGAUCUGUCGGUAAUAACGUGUUGCUCAACGCCAACGUUAGCUCCAGUCUGCCAGCUGUCUGACUUUUUAAUGUGAAUGUGUAGAACACCUUUACACGUUCCAACCCUGUUGGGGACUUUUUAUGGUCGAAGCAAGACUUACUCCCAGGAUUUUCUUUGGAGAGGACAAAAUAUUUUGGUGGAAAUACCACAUUAGAAUAAAGCUGCAGACUGUCAUUCACUGUAAAUAUAAUGACACGUCUGCUCCCAUCAUGACGUCAGUGAAAGUUUUAUUCUGAAAAAUAAAUCUCCUUUGAUAUUUGCAAACAGCAAAUUAUUUAAAUCUAGAGAAAACACUUCAUUAGCAGGAUAACUUGUGAUUAUAUUAAAAUCAUGACAUUUCUUUAAAUUGAUCGAUUGAUUGGCCAUUUGUAGAAAUUAAAUGAUGUCUUUUCCACUUUGAAACUUUUAUCCGUUGACUAGGCGGUGGGGUUACAUGUUAGUAAAUCGAUAAAAUGAUCACUGAUUCAGAUCUUCUUUUCUUUUGGGGGGGGGUACUCUGUAUUCUGGGUAAAUGUGGCAAUGGGACAAGUAUUGUCAGUGAUCGCCAGUGAUUUUAGCGUCACUGGGUCAAGGUAAAGGCCAGAGAAUGUAGCUCCACCCUGGAGCUUCUGGUCAGUUUUUGCUGUCGCAGAAAUGACUCCAUCAGUUUUUGAUCAGCAGUUUAUAGAUUAGCUUAGCAAAACCAAGUGUACUGACGUAAGUAACGCCCCAGGAGUCAGAAAUGGUGUGCAGUUUUAUCUGUUAAAACAGAUUUGGCCUUUCUGACAGCAACCGGACUGGUUUAGUGUUUUUCCCAGCGUGACCUUGGGGUGAUGGCUAACCUCCCUUUUCUGUUUCGCUUCGACCUUGCUGAGAGUAUCGAUGCCACGCCCAUUUAUACCACAGUAUGAAGGACAAGGAACACACAAGCCGAAAGAAAGCUAACGCUACACAUGUUUACAUUUUUUUAAAUAUUGUACAUCUCUACACUAAUUUCAGAUAGUUUGUAGCAGAGGUCUGAAAUAUGCAGAACAAUAAAAAACGAAGGGCUUGUGACGUCUCCAGCCACUGAACUCCAUGUUUAGAAUGAUUAAAACGAGCUGAUUCACCGUGUAAAUGCACUUUUGUUUCAAAGAUGAGCCUCCUGCAGAAUGAUAUUCAGUGUUUGUUUGUCUGCUGCGUUUCCAUCACUGCUUUUUGGACUGUCCCAGAUGUUUGAGGACGUUUAAGCGUCAGCGGGAGCAGCAGAGCUCGCCUGCCGCUCCCAUACACGCUGAACUGAUGAAAGCUUCCCUGUGUGGGUUUUGUUGAAGCGUGACGGGUGUGUGCACUUGUUUUCUUCAUGUUGCUGUGAUGCUGACUACAGAAAAACAAAGUAUGUAAACAUGUUGGGGUUUUUUUUUAGUAAAAGACAAAGUAAAAAAUAAAGAGGAGCAUUCAUGGACUUCUGAUGAUGAUUAGAACUUGUCAUGGUUUCCGGAGCGUUCGUUUUGUGCCAGAAGACAACUGUGUUCAAGAAAACUAUAUUGCAAGCACCUUUGUAAAAACAAGACAUGCAAUGCCAAAUACUCUCCUUUUUGAUACUCUAGGAUCAAUAUUCUCCACAGAACAUUUACUGUGUCCUAAGUUAUUCCUGGUUCUCUGGAGUGCUGGGUGGGUCUGGCUGGAACUCUCACAUCACUGACUGCAGUAAAUGUGUAGAAAGCCUUGUAGUUUUGCAUUGUAUGUACUGUAUAUAAUGAAUAAAGAUUGUAUUUUGUUCAA